AUGUUCCAAGAACCAACGCAGUACUUGCCGGUUUCGGGGUACGCGCUCCCGAACAGCCUGCCACAAUACAAUUUUGGCGACCCCCUCAGAUUAAGCAAUCAGCAUCACUACUCCGACCACCACACAAGUCACAGUCACAGUCACGGGUCCGUAGCGGGCGUUUUACCAUCAACCAGCGGCGUUGGCGUGAGCAGUGUGAGCGUGAGCAGUGCGGCAGCAAACGCAGCAGCAUUGUUAUACAGCGCCAAUCCCAUUCUUGCAGCCCCAGACAGCAGUUCAGUCAGCACUGCGGCAGCUGCACCACCACCGCCAAUCGGCCCCGCACCUUCUGCAGCCCCUUCUCCACAACCACAACUGGAACCCGUUGCUGCUGCCGUUCACCAGCCUGUCUCCCAGAUCCCUGUUUCUGCGCCUGCCAGCACCUUCCCUUUUGUGCCUUCGCAAUCAGCGACUGCGGGAACGACGACUACCAUAGUGACGACGACUGCGCCACCGCCGACGACGGCCGCUUCAGCGCAUCAUACUCAUACUCACACUCAUACCCAAGCUGGCCCAUCAUUAGCUUUCUCACAGAUGGAUCCCGAUCCGCAUAGUGUUGCGGCCCAGGAGGCGGCCGCGAGGGAGUACCAGCCACAACAUGAGGGCCCGCUUGUGGGCGAAAAGACGCCCAGCACCAAGAUCACCGAGGAGUAUGCCAAGGCAGACCCUACUUAUGUGCAGAAGACGAUGGUCCUGCCCCAGACGUACUCGCACUACCGGCCUAUCCGGGGUGAUGGGAACUGUGGUUGGCGAGCUAUCGCCUUUGGCUACUUUGAGACACUAGUAAAGAAGCGUUCCAAGGAUACCAUCCUGACCGAGCGGGCCCGCCUCGAGAGCCUCUACACCUACAUCGAGGUCUAUGGUGGCCAGCCGCGGAUGGUGUUCGAGGACUUGGCCCAAACCACCCUCGACCUGCUCGACACCAUGGCCCAGUUGAGCGAUAACGUCCACCAAGCCCUCGCUAAGCUGCUCGAGGAAUUCAAUAAUGAGCAUAUCUGCAACGCCAUCAUGUUCCACUUCCGUCUACUCGCCAGCUCUUACCUGAAGGAGCAUCGUGACCAGUAUGGUCCGUUCCUCGAAAACGCCGAUGUGGACCGGUACUGCCAGACUGUCCUGGAGCCCCACGGCAUCGAGAUCGAGCACCUCGGUUUGAUCCUGCUUACCGAGAUCCUGCUAAAGCCAGCCGGCUUCGUCCUCGAGGUGGCCUAUCUCGACCGCAGCCCCGGCUCGCAGGUGAACACGUACCGCUUCCCCGAGGAGGCCAACAGCAAGUUGCCGUCGCAGCUUGGCCCCACUAUCUACCUGCUCUACCGUCCCGGCCACUAUGACCUCCUCUACGUGCCCGAGCCCGAGCCCGUCAACAUCCAGGUCCACCGCGUGUCUGGCUUCUCACAGGGCUUCCAGAUCGCCGCGACGCCCGUCGCUUCCUACGGCUUCGGUCUCGGCGGCGGCGGCUUGGGCGCUCUCACCAUGAUCCCUGGUUUCAGUGGCUCAUCAGCCUUCGGCUCCGACCUCUUCGGCGCCCCGCCCUCCUCGCCCCUCGGUACAUUCACCCCCGCCCCGCCGCCCCUCUCCCUGUGGAACUCGAUACCUUCCCAUCCUCCAUUCGCCAGCACCCUUCAGCAAGCCGCUCCCCCACCGCCGCCUCCUCAGCCCCAACCCACGCCGAUACAUCACAUCCCCUCAGCGCCGGCCCCGACACCCGCAACGCCUGCCCCUCCCCCGCCAGCGCCGACAGCCACAACCGCGCAGACAAACAACCCGGUCCGUUUCAGCGAGUACUGCAAGCUGCAGAAUCAUUAUAACACUGCGCACUUUAAUAAUCCGAAUUUUCAGCCGGAGGAGUAUAAACCGGGGGAGGAGCACGAGAGGGAGGGGAGGAGGAGACGGAGGAAGGAUAUUGGAGAUAAGGAUAAGGGGGACAGAGGGGACACAUGA